GUGAGCGAAAACAGUAAUGGAAGAAGAAACAGAUUCAUAAGAAAGAGAGAAGAGAACCCAAGAAGAGGAAAUCAUUAAAUAGAGUAAACCAAAAAAAAAAAAAAAAAAUACAAUAAAAGAAAAGGAAACCCCUUUAUAUUUUAUUGCAUAUAGCAGUACUUGUUAUUGCAGAAGUACUCUGCAGCAGAGCAGAGAAGCCAUUCUUGUUUUAGUUUCAAUUCUCUCGCUCUUUCUCCCCGUCGUACAAAUUCUUGUGUAACAGUUACUUGAGGUUCCCUUUUAGGAUACCACCCUCCUUCUCAUUCUGCUUUCUUUGUCUCCUCAGUCUUCACUCAAAUAUUCUCUCUCUCCCUCUCUGCAAUGUUUCUUGCUUGAAGCCAAAAAUGGUUGAAGAAUCUUUACAAGUAGUGCCCUUCGACAGAACUAUUGAACAGGCAAUUUUGGCUUUGAAGAAAGGUGCCUACCUUUUGAAGUAUGGAAGAAGAGGGAAGCCCAAAUUCUGUCCUUUUAGGCUGUCUACGGAUGAGAAAUAUUUGAUAUGGUAUUCUGGACAGCAGGAAAAGCAAUUGAAAUUAAGCUCAGUUAUGAAGAUUAGUACUGGCCAGAAGACUAUAAAUUUUCGAAGGCAACCUCAACCAGAUAAGGAGCAUCAGUCAUUUUCACUAAUUUAUGCUAACGGUGAACGCUCACUGGAUUUGAUAUGCAAGGACAAAGCGCAGGCUGAUUCUUGGUUUAUAGGCUUAAAAGCUGUGGUAUCAAGGUCUCACCAUUCUCGGCCUUUUACCGGUCUCAGGAACCACAGAGCAGCACAAAGUUGUGUCAACAGUCCAGCUGGUUAUAUAAGAAGAAAGCAUAAUUUGGGAAUUCUGGAGGAUCCCACUGAUUUUUCUCAGGUGCGCAGCUUAUGUGGAAGUCCUACUCAGUCACUUUCCAAGAGGUGCUUUUCUGAUUCUUCUGAUAGCUUUUGUUUCUCAGAAUCAAGUCUUCCACCGGUGCAGAAUGCGGUGGAUGUGUUAGUUCCAAAGUCACCAUACAUUGGACCAAAUCUCAAGAAAUGUGGAAAAGAUAUGUCCCAUAGGUUUGUUGCUCCAACUUAUGGAUCUCCACAGAUAGAAAAUAAUGACAUCCUAAGGGAUAUUCUGAUCUGGGGGGAAGGUGUGGAAGGAGGAAACAUAGGAGGGAUGGUUCAGCGGCUCAGUAACCAGAGUGGGACGCAAGUUGAUGCAUUAAUGCCAAAAUUAUUGGAAUCUACUGUGAUGCUUGAUGUUCGAAAUAUAUCCUUAGGAAGGAAACAUGCUGCAUUAAUCACCAAAAGAGGUGAAGUGUUCUGCUGGGGUGAAGGAAGUGGUGGAAAGCUUGGACAUAAAGUUAACAUGGAUGUGAGCUAUCCAAGAGUUGUUGAAUCUUUGGAAGGUGUUUAUAUAAAAUCUGUAGCCUGUGGUGAAUAUCAAUCAUGUGCUAUUACACAUUCUGGGGAACUAUAUACAUGGGGUGACAACACAUAUGGUGCUAAUUUAGUUGAUGAAGGGACAACCAGAAGCCAGUGGUUACCAUAUAAAGUUUCGGGUCCUCUUGAUGGUAUAACUAUAUUGAAAGCUGCUUGUGGGGAAUGGCACGUAGCAACUAUAUCUUCCUCUGGGCAGUUGUUUACGUAUGGAGAUGGAACUUUUGGUGCUCUUGGGCAUGGGAAUCUUCAAAGUGUUUAUCAGCCUAAAGAAGUUGAAUCUCUAAAAGGCUUAUGGGUAAAAUCUGUUGCUUGCGGGUCAUGGCAUACUGCUGCUAUUGUGGAUAUUAGUGCUGAUCGCUUCAAGUUUAAUGCUGUUGCUGGGAAACUAUUUACAUGGGGAGAUGGUGAUAAAGGAAGACUUGGGCAUGUUGAUAUGGAAAAAAGACUUGUACCAACAUGUGUUGGACAACUUUUGGAGUAUGAUUUUGUUCAAGUUUCUUGUGGAAGAAUGCUCACUGUUGCACUUACUAAUACUGGUAACGUCUACACUAUUGGAAGCUCAGUGCACGGCCAGUUAGGGAAUCCACAGACGAAGGAUAAAUCAAUCACUGUAGUUGAAGGUAAGCUAAGAGGAGAAUUCGUUAAGGAGAUAUCAUCAGGAUCAUAUCAUGUUGCUGCCUUGACAGCUGAGGGAAAUGUAUAUACUUGGGGGAAAGGUGCAAAUGGACAGUUAGGAUUAGGAAAUGUCGAAGAUAGGAACUUGCCAACUUUAGUUGAGGCUUUGAGAGAAAGGAAAGUUGAAAGUGUAGCCUGUGGAUCAAAUUUAACUGCUGUAAUUUGUUUGCACAAGUCCAUUACUGUUACUGAUCAAUCAGCUUGUAGUGGUUGUAGAAUGCCUUUUGGACUUACUAGGAAGAAACAUAACUGUUAUAACUGUGGUCUUCUUUUCUGCCAUACAUGUAGUAGCAAGAAAGUUAUAAAUGCAUCUUUGGCUCCAAAUAAAAGUAAACCUUCUCGCGUCUGCGAUUCUUGUUUUAACCAUCUGCAGAAGGCUACACUUUCUGGUAGAAUACUGAAGCAGGAAAAUUGCAGUCCAAAACAGCAUUUAGCUGCAUAUAAUAUAUUAUCUGAUGAGAAAGAGGGUUGCGGAGAAGCAACUACGCCGGGAAGUCAUCAACAGUCAGCCAGCCAAUCAUAUAAUCUUGAUAGCCAAGCUGGUCAGGCGAAGACUCCUAAAAACCAUGGGGAAAAGCUGCAUCAUUUAGAAACUGUAUCCCCUUCAGUUCCAUUGCCAAGAUGGGGGCAAGUUUCAUGCCCUAUUGUCUUUGAGUCAUACCAUAGCAACAAAUCUUUCCCUCUGGUAGAUUCAAGAUCUAUUGUUUUCAGUAGUGUAAGUAUGGAUGAAGAAAUGCUUGAGGCAAACAAGAAGCUUGCUGAAGAAGUUGAUAGACUAGGAGCAGAGGUUAGGAGCCUCGAGAUGCAGUCUAAAAUCCGAAGCCAGAAGAUUCAAGAAUGCCAAGAAACUAUAGAGAAAACUUGGUCAAUAGCCAGAGAGGAAGCAGCCAAGCGCAAAGCAGCUAAUGAUAUUAUAAAAGCUUUGGCAUUACGGCUUCAUGCAAUGUCGGACAAAAUAUCUACUGGAACAGAAGCAAAAGGUGGAAAUGAUCUGAAUAGUUCUCCGAACACGCCUGCAUGCACUAAUAGUCCUACUCUAGCGAGUCCGCGGCUUGCAUUUGCUUCAUUACAUUUGCCUCCUGAAGUUAAAGUACCAAAGGCCAGACAAAUAGAUAGUUUAUCAAGUUCUCCAAUUGUAUUCUCUAAUACGUUAAAAUCUAUGGACAUUGCCAAAUCAGAGGAUGAUUCUCAUGUCACAAAAACCGACUCUAGGCAAAAUGGAACUAGAGGGUCGAGGCUUGAAUGGGUUGAACAAUAUGAACCUGGUGUAUAUAUAACAUUUACGAUUCUGCCAGGUGGCCAAAAGGGAUUAAAGCGAGUCCGAUUCAGCCGAAAAAAAUUUGCAGAGAGAGAAGCGGAGCUGUGGUGGGAGGAGAAUCAAGUUACAGUAUACCAGAAAUAUGGCAUUGAAGGAUAUGUAAACUCGAACCAUAGUCAGAAAAUGAUCUAACUUUUUUUGAGUUACCCUAUAUGGUAUUCAAAUUGGUUCUUACUUGCAGGAAAAAUGGAAAUCUUCAUUGUCCUUGAAAAGCUCUAUGCUUGUUCAUAAAGUUGGUCUCAAUUGCCUAAGGCACGUGCAUAUAGUUUUAUUAUCAAUAAAAACAAAAAAAAAAAAAAGUCCUCUCUGAUUCUCCCA